AGCAUAAAAAUAGAAAGAAAAAUGGAAAUUAUCGAGUAGUAGAACAAGUAUGGAAGUAGAAGGUUGAAAAUGGAUAAAUUAAAUUGUAAAGGGCGUGGGAGCAACAGCAAGAGACCAGUCCCAGCCCCAGCGGUUUGAGUGCUUGUUUUUUGCUUUUAACCAUUUGCGGUUCAAUUCCUUUGUUCGAUUGUUCCUCUUGCAGCUUGGCCAUCAGCAGCAGGGUGGAUGUGGGAUUUUUUACAGUGAAACAACAAAAAUGGAUAUGUAUCAUCCAAGUUCAAGGCUCUCAUCACAAGAAGAAAUGCUUAAUAAUCUCAAUCGCAAAGGUAUAGGAGAGCCUUACCUCGUCUUGACUUCCGAUCCUAAGCCUCGUCUCCGUUGGACUGCUGACCUCCAUGACCGAUUCGUCGACGCCGUCACACAACUUGGUGGCCCUAACAAAGCUACACCAAAGGCUAUCAUGCGGACAAUGAAUGUGAAAGGAUUGACUCUUUUUCACUUAAAGAGUCACCUGCAGAAAUACAGGUUAGGUAAGCAGUCAGGGAAGGAUAUGGGUGAGGGACCAAAAGAUGGGAUAUCAGCUUCAUAUCUUUUAGAAAGCCCUGGAACCAAUAAUUCUACCAUUAACUUGUCAACUGCCGACGUGAAUGAGGGUUAUGAGGUAAGGGAGGCAUUAAGGGCACAGAUGGAAGUACAGAGUAAAUUACAUUUGCAACUUGAGGCUGAAAAGCACUUGCAGAUUCGCCAGGAUGCAGAACGAAAAUAUAUGGCCAUGCUUGAGAGAGCUUGUAAGAUGCUUGCCGAUCAUUUUAUCGGAAGUGGUGCAGUUACCGAAACAGAUAACCUGGAAUUUGGUAGUAAGAUGCUGAGAAAUUAUUCUGUUGAUCCACUGGGAUUCUACUCCUCCCAAUCCGCUGAGGUGGAGAAUGCAUGCGGCCAGGAAGAAGAAAUGCCAUCCGGUCUGCAUUCACAGAGGGGCGAUGGUUCUACUGAAAGCUGCCUAACUUCACAGGAGAGUCCAGGAGGAUUAACAAUGGAGGGAUCACCUGUUGAAGGGAAGAAAAAGAUGGUUAACAUGGAGGCAACAACAGGAUCUGUGAUAUGGGGUGAUACCAGGGUUAAUCCCCAAGGGUUAACUGGAUAUGGAAUGUAGAGAUGUAAAAUGAGUGCUACUCUUUUAUGUUUGCUCAAGUUAUUAUUAUAGUAUCAAGUGAAAAAAGAUGGUGAUAUAUCUAUUGGUUAUUAGUGAGAGUUUGUCUCAAAAUUGUAAAUCCAAAGUUGCUUAUGCAGUGCUCUUAAAUAUCAAAAACAUGUAGUCAGUCUCUUAGAAUAUAUUGACGUAUGCUGAUUUUAUUGGAAA